AUGUCUACAUACUUGACUUUUACUCUUCGAGCUUUGCUGAGCACAGAGAUCUACAAGCCUGGCAAUUCAGCAGUUCUAGACAAAGAAGAAAAUGACAAACUUUCGUUGAUGGCCAUCAAGGCGGAACUUUGGAUGUUUUACAAGUAUAGACGUGCCACAGACAAGGAGUGGAGCAAGAAGGGUUCUGAGGUGUGGAACCUGACUCUCACAAUGCUGGCCGAGAAAGCGCUGAAGUGCAAAGCAGCGGAGACACACGGUUUACUUCGUUUUGUGGUCAUGACGCUUGAAAAAUACAAGGAAGUGCUUCAGGGCAGUGAGAAGUCGCAAAUGUUUGAUCUUCUUCGUCGGGCAGGGUGUGCAGCUGAAGCAUUCGAUCAGACCAUGAACGAGCACAGCAGGGUGUUUCCAGAGGAUGCUUGCGAUGCUUUGCAUUCUCACUACCAUCGCUUCAUACAGCUUUGCUCAAGGGCUGGU